AUGUCUCCUUCCUUCAGACUUCAGUGUCGCUUCAUCCUGAUCUUCCUGGUGGCUCUAAGAGGGGAGAGCCGAUACCUGGAGCUGCGGGAAGCCGGGGACCAGGACCCUUUCCGGCUCCUCAGCGCCAACCCGAAGCGGGAGCUGGCGGGGGAACAGCUCUACCGCCGCGCGCUGCGAGCUGGCGGGAGUGAUGCCCGACACCUGCAUUUUCGUUGGAAGGUAUUCGAUGGUUGGCUUCUCAAGGGGGAGAAGUUCCCCAGUUCCCAGGACCAUCCUCUCCCCACGACUGAGCGGUACAUAGACUUCUGUGAGACUGGUCUUAGCAAGAGCAUCAGAUCCUCCCAGAACGUGGCCAUGAUCUUCUUCCGAGUCCAUGAAGCAGGAAACGGAUUCACAUUGACCAUCCGGACAGAUCCCAACCUCCUCCCCUGCAAUGUCAUUUCCCAGACCUCGAGUGGACGAUUCACCCUGAUAGUUCCAUAUCAGCAUAGAAACUGCAGCUUCUCCAUAAUCUAUCCUGUGGUGAUCAAAAUAUCUGAUCUCUCCCUGGGACACUUAAAUGGCCUGCAGUUAAAGAAACCCUCAGCAGGUUGUGGGGGGAAAGGAGACUUUGUGGAGCUGCUGGGAGGAAAUGGAUUAGACCCUUCUAAGAUGAUGCCUUUAGCUGACCUCUGCUAUCCUUUCCAUGGCACUGCCCAAAUGAAAAUUGGCUGUGACAACACGGUGGUGCGCAUGGUUUCCAGCGGAAAACACAUAAACCGUGUGACUUUUGAGUACCGCCAGCUGGAACCAUAUGAACUGGAAAACCCAAAUGAAAACAGUAUCCAGGAAUUCUGUUUGUCUGGCCUUUGAAUAAUCAGUCCAGUGAUUUACAUGC